CUAAAAUGUCAUGGGAUUGGUCAGAUUUCAGAUGUUAUGUUGGCUGUGAUUGGCUACCCAGGAACUACUUAAGUACACAGCAGCCCAGGGAGGGACAUUUACCUGACUACCUGUCGGGGACCACCACACCUGUCAUCAGACGAUUACCAAGUUACCUAAGGUAACCAGAAGAUUGAGCAGAAGCAAAGAAAAGGAAAUAAGAUGGAUGUCAACCCAUCAGUCCUCCAUCAGCCACAAGUGUUACAGAGCCAGCAGAUGGACAGUGACCUUGAGAGCUGUGACCUUCACCCCAUUCAUCCGGUCAAUGUGAGGCUCCCGACCUAUACCCGCCACUCCAGUCCUUCUCCUCUAAGGAUCCCAGUGGAUGGAGUUCAUCAGUCCAGAGUCGACCCACCAACAGCCAACCAACCACUGAAGUCCACCACAACACAAUCUCUAAGGAGGCCGAGAUACAGAAUUCCCACAUCUCACCAUCCAUCUCACUGCCAGAUCCUUGAGUCCAGUCCUACUCCCUUGAGACUCGACAACAGGUGCUAUCCUCAGUAUCUAACCAGAUCCCACACACGAUCUCCAUCACCUCUCACACUGAUGAACCUCCACCUGGGAUCAAGGUAUCUCACCCGAUCUCGAGUCAAGUUGUGGAAGCAGAAAGGGAAACAACCAUGUCCUGUCCAUGGGAAAAUCAUCCGAAGACAACUUCCUCGACAUCAGUCCACACCCAAGCUUCAGCUGAGACCUGCCUCCCAGAACCACCAGUCCAGUCCUGUGGAUGUUAAAGCAAGGCAAGGUCUCUUCUCCAGCAAUGUUCAACAAAGAAGUGGACAUGCAGCCAGCUACGUGCCAACACCCCAGAGACUGAAGGCUAAUCCAAAAGAGAGGGGAUCCCCACCAAGAAAGAAGGGCUUUGUUAUGAAGAUCAGGAAACUUGCCGCCAGGGUCCAGAAGAGUGUCUCUAAGGUGGUCCAAAGAAGACAGACUGUGGAUGUGUCAGAUUCCUCCAAUGUGCAACAGGCCAGUGAUGUCCAGUGGGUUGAGCUGAACUCCAGACAGAAGCAGAACUACUUCACCGGUUCCACAGAGGAUCUGGAUGCGAGUCUACCUGUUACAUGCUUCAGAACAAAGAAAGUGAAAGUCACUAAACCAAAUCCCUCCAAAGCCCACAUCAGGAGAAUGAUGAAGGAGAAACAGAAGAGGGCCCUGUCUACUCCAGCCAGAGCCAAACGCCUUUCCAUGCUACAGUCACCCAGCAAGGUCCCAUUUGACAAACCAUGCAAUGCAUCAGAUGCUGCCAUGUCUCAUCAGAAAACCCUUGGAACAACUGACCACACCUAUGCAGCAGUACAUGUCCAUCAUCCUCCUGAGUCACCACUGCACCAGACAGCGAAGUCACCAGUCAGCUUUGCAUCAACUCCAAAGCCUUCUCCAAAGUCAGACAACCAACCACCUAGAGUUCCACCAAUCAUCAUCAAGAAAACUGCUGUUGUGACAACGAAGCCAAGCGUGGAGACACAGAGAGUGCCACCAAUCGUCAUUAGCAGGACCAACACUGUUGUUAAUCCUCUCACUCCUCCAACCAUCAACUCCAGCAGCCAGGAAUCCUCGUGUGACUCCUCUUGCCUGACUGAGACCAGCCACACAUCCUCACAGGAGCAGCCCAUUAGCAGUUCAUCAACACACUACACAACUGUUCCACCACGUCUAAGGGAUUACACCUGGAUAUCACCAAUCAUACGGUCCAAAGUACAGAGGUUUGUGGAAGGGUCAACUACCGAGAUAUCAUCAUCACACAGACAGAACUUGCCAUCUACUGUUAAUGUUCCUCAGAAACCUCCAGUCAACUCCCAGAGAGAAGCAGUAUGUACACCAACCCAGUUACCCAUGACAGAAGGAUCAGCACCAAGGCAGCCUCUACAAGCAACUCAACUGCAAUCCUCUGUAACAAGGACACCAUCUUCAGCCACAUUACUAGUACCAGCAACUUCAGCCACAAAGAAACCCCUGCAAGUGCCAGCAACAUCAGCCACAAUCAAAUCCCUACCAGUGCCAGCAACCUCAGCCACAACGAGACCCUUAACAGAGCCAGCAACUUCAGCCACAAUCAAACCCCUACCAGUGCCAGCCACAACAAAACCAGUACCUGUGCCAUCAACUUCAGCCACAAUAAAACCAUUACCAGUGCCAAUGACUACAGUCACAACAAACCCCCUACCAGAGCCAGCAUCUUCAACUGCAACAAAACCCCAACCAGUGUCAUCAACUUCAGCCACAACAAAACCCCUAUCAGUGCCAGCAACAUCAGCAGACUUAGCAUCCCAAAAGAUGUCAUCUACUUCAGCCACAGGUGGAUCUCAACAAGCUCAUACACUCCAGUCAGCUUUAGUUACCAGGAGCAAUGUGUUGAUCAAAGUGGAGGCCAGAAAUUACCUCGGGUACAUCUACAAGUUUGGGAAAACUAAGGAGCAACUGAUAGAUUUACUAUCAUCAACUCUAAGGCGUUUUGUUAGGCAUCGGGAGACAUACUUCCUCAUAAUCAACCAUCUCAUCCAAAAUGGUUUCUUGACACAACAAGAUGUCCUGACCAUCAAACUUGCAAUAAAGCGCCAAAUUGCAGAAGCCCAGCAGAGAACCAACUCCACCACAUCAUCUUCCGGGAAGACCACAGUGACUCAGAAGUCAUCAACACAGACAACUCAGAUGUCCAAUUCACAACAGAAGCCAAUGCAAGCAAAAGUGACUCAAGUGGUGCCUCCACAGAAGGAGAGAAUGAUGCAAUCUUCAGCAUUCCAGCAGGUGCCCUCACAGACAUUUCCAUCUCAUCAGAAUCCUCCUCAGCAACCAUUCCAGAAGCUGCCAACACAAGCAACAAUGGCCCAGCCUCUCCCAUCACAGCAGACCACCACACAGAUGUCACAAUCCAGGUCACUGACCACUAUGGUACAACCUUCUCAACAGAUCCCUGUACCUGCAGCAAAUGUCCAGACAAGUCAGCUACCACCACCUCCAAAGAGACCUUCAUCACUAGACAUCCAACCCUGUCACCAGAUGCCAAAUCCUCAGACGACUACUCAGCCACCACCAUGUCUUCCACCAGGGCAGCUGCCUUCACAACAGAGGUGUACUACAGAGACACGUGUCACUCCUCCAGUGUCUCGUCCACAGCAGCCAAACUCACUGCCUCCAAUAUCCCUACAACCAGAGUCAACAGGAGCCACAUCACGUCCAACUAUUUCUCUGUCCAGUUCUGCAAACCUUACAGCAGAGCCACCUGUCAGUCCUUCAGUGCCAAGCCCACCUUGUACUUCAACAACUUCCUCUGUUUCACAAGGGGCUUCUUCUGCACCACAAGUUCCAAUCCAUCAAGCACCACUCUCCACCACCAGUGUAGCUACACGGCAUCCAAUUAGUCUCCUCACAAAGCCUUAUGAUCGUCAGGUUCUGGGAUCACAGACCUCCACAAACCAAGACAAACCAACUACUGCCUUGGCAUUGGUCAUUCCAAGCAUCCGGGUCCAUCAGAGUGAGCAGACACUACAUGAUGACAUCAGAACUCUCGCUGUCCCAUCCUCCAUGUCUCCAAAAUCUAAGAAGCGUUUAUUCCCUGUGGAAUCUACCUCAGAGGACUUCAACCCACUUCCACUGAAGAGACGUAGAAUCAGCUACUCCGAUUUCCAUGCCGAGAACCGAGCCUGGACCUUGAGCAGCAUCAAGUCAAACCCUGACGACUGCAAGCAGUGUGAUGGAAUCAACGAGAUACUCCACGAGACUCCCGAGAACCUCGAUAAGUACUGGAUCACCAGGCCGACGGAGCGUGCCCCAGUCACCAUUACUCCCGUCGAUCUGUGUUCACUGCACUCGUACGCUGGAGGCAAGCCCCACCUGAUGGCCAAGAGACUGGUUUGGAGGUUGUUUACCAUUCGUCAGCUGUACGGUAACCGGUUCAACAGUCUGGACGAGGACCUGACCACCAAGAUCCGGCAAGCCGUCAUGUUGUGGACAGAGUGUGACAGGGAACACUGGGACAAGAAGUGUGUGCCAUUCAUCAACAACGGCAUCCGCUACCUCUUCAACGAGAAACUCCGCCGGUACGAGCAUCUCCUGAACCACACCUGCCCUCCCACCGACGACCACGUAACCAACCCCUGUACAGCUCUUGUGCCUGUCUAAAGGAAUUAAAGUGUUGCUGCCAAAUUGUAGUCUUGUCCAGCUAUGAAUUUCAAUGUGUUAUUAAGACUUGGACAGAAGUGAUCUAAAUGCCAGUGAUUCCUUUUUGUGUGACAUUCUUUCAACAUGUGUACAUUGUUUUACCUAGUGUCAUUGUAAAAGGACAAUUUCUUGAGUUUUCUCUGAAUAGAUCAUUUGAUCA